AGAAUUCCAACGAUCCAGCUCAUGUCGAUCUUACCUCACACAGACGAGGUCCAAACCCUCGGGUUCCCAUCACCUCAACCAUGAAGUUGCUCUCCUCCAUCCAUGAAGCAUUAACCUGCGAACCGUUUCCAAUACUAAUCUUCCCCACCUUACUCAUUGUGUAUUAUGUAUACCAAACUGCAUUCCACCCUCUUGGCUUUAUCCCUGGCCCCUUUAGCUCGAAACUCAGUUCCUUGCCACUGGUCUACCAAUGCCGAAUGACUAGGAAGUCAAAAUGGGUUCUUGCUCAACACGUCAAGUUCGGCCCUAUUGUUCGAAUCGCACCAAAUUACGUCUCGAUCACUGAUCCAGCUGCCCUUGCUCAAGUAUACGGAGGGAAGAAUGGGUUCCCUAAAGGGCCGUUCUAUGAAGCAUUCCACCAAGUCGAACCAGUCCUGUUCAAUACCAUGGAUGCAGAUGUCCAUAACCGGAAAUGGAAGCUGAUGAACGCCGCGUUCUCGCCGCGGAACCUGAUGGAUUUUGAGGGCUACAUGGAUCCGCACAUCGCUUUGCUCGUGAAGAGGUUCCAAAAUUAUGCUCUUAAGUCUGAAGCUUUUGAUUUCCAGCCGUGGGCGAAUUUCUUAGCCUUCGAUCUCAUGGGCGAGUGGUCAUUUGGUGCUGCAUUCGGUUUCGUGGCUGCGGGAAAGGACAUCCAUAACCUGAUCACCACCCUAGAGGUCCGCACCGACGUCUUAAACGCUAUGGGCCAUCUCCCUAUCCCCAGUCGUCCGUACAUGAAAUAUUUCCCUGACCCUUUCUUCUACAACGGUCUCCGAGUUCUCACGAACCUUGGUCAAGUGGGAACAUUCGCUUUUAAGAAGAGAUUGGAGAAGAAGGAGAAGGGCGAAGAUGAGGGAAGGAAAGACGUCAUGGGGUUCCUGCUUGAUGCUAAAGAUCCUGAUACCGGUGGGCCGCUGAGACAGCAGGAGAUCGUUGCGGAAGCGAUUAGUCUGAUUGGGGGCGGGAGUCAUACUACCAGUGUGACGAUGACGCAUGUUAUGGAUUUCGUGAGUAGAGACAAAGUCUUGCAGGAUGAGAUGUGGAAGGAGUUGCGAGAUGCAUUUCCUGGGGAGAGAGGCGAGGACUGGGUUGCGAGCGAGGGGGUGGUGGGUCGAUUGCCACUGUUGAAUGCGGUCUUGAAAGAGGUGAUGAGGAUCCGCCCGACGAGUUCCACUGGCUUGGAGAGAGUGGUCCCUGAGGGUGGGAGAAUGGUUGCGGGUAUAUCCUUGCCGGCUGGAACUUUGGUCAGUGUGCCGAUUGUGGCAAUUCAUCAUGAUAGCACUAUAUAUGAGGCAAGCGCUCCUCCCAAGCAGCGGCCGGAAACCUUCGACCCUCAUCGCUGGCUAAGGCCGGAGGCAAAAGCACUCACUGAUCACUACAUUCCGUUCUCGCUUGGGUCGAGGGGUUGCGUUGGAAAAGGAUUUGCGACAAUGGAGAUGCUUAAAACUCUUGCCACCCUUUUCCGGCGAUUCAAGUUCGAGCGCGUCAUUCCACAGGAGUCGGAGAAGAGGGAAGGGUUCGUCGUUAAGAUCACAGAAUGCGAGGUAAAGAUAUCGAUGAGAGAAGAAUAA